UUUAACAGUUACUUAUUGAAUCUCAUUUGUACUCUUUGUUGGCUUAGUAUUUUACAAAGAAUACAUUAAAGAAUUACUGUUUAUUAGUGCAAUUUGUUCAAUUGUACGAAAAUAGAUCGAUUUCAUGCAAUAAUAUUGCGACAAUCGAGAUUAUGGCGCACUCUAGCAGAAUUCUUGUAGAAUACGAUUGCUUUGUCAAGCAAUUUCAAAGGAUUGAAAUGAGCAAACAAACGAAAGAAAAUACGUAUACACUCAAAUGUAAUUAGAAACAGUGAUGACUGGUUUCUAAUAUACUAUUAAAAACUAAUUAUAUCAAAAUGAUGUAAUCAUUUUUAUCGUUUAAUUUAGUCUAUUUAAAAAUAAUAUAUCUCGAAUAAAUUAAAAAGCAAAAUUAUGUAUAGUAGAAGAAAAACUACCCAGAGAAAUGAAAGACGAGGUCGAGCUUCGAAGUCUUCAAUUUCACCGGUACAGCAAAAAAGAUUUAAGGCAAAAACUUCAUCAUCCCAAUUAUGGACAAAUAACAAUAAUCAAUCCUUUGCUUUUCAAUCUGCUGCUAGUACAGCAGCUGAAGUUGCAUCUAGCUCUGUUAUGGUAAGUACUAAUAUUAUUGCUUGCUCUUUUCCUUUAGAAAUUAAUGAUUAAUUACUUCAAAUUAAAUUAAUGAUUCAUACAAGGGUCAAGCAGUCGAAAGCGCACUUGCUAGCAAUGUAGGACACGAAUCUCCUGCUAAAACCGACCUUAACAAUAAUUCUACAAACACGCAAGAAUUAUGUAUUUCCGAAAUACGAGAAUUCUUCGAAUGCGCUUCAAGAAGUGACAGUCUGGAUACAUGCAAAGCU